UUCCAAGUCAUAAUCCAACAUGUCCUCCAAGAGAGCAGCACUCGUGGUGCUCUUCUUCUUCCUUUUCAAAUCUAUCAACUCCGAACCUCAAUGUACUCUUCCCAGCGAGAAAUAUAGAUUUGAUUGCUUCCCAGAUGACAACGCAACAGCUGAGAAAUGCGAAGCUAGAGGCUGUUGUUGGGAUAAAGCAACGUUGACAAAACCUCAAAAACGUGUUAAGAUCUCUUCAAAUUCUAGUUCCAUUGCAGACCCUCCUCUAGACGUACCUUAUUGCUUCUUCCCUUUGAAUUAUGGCUACAAGUUGGCGAGCAAAGAAGAGACAAAAACGGGCUUCAAACUGGGUUUAGUUAGAGAAGGAAGCGAUGGACCUUACGGAGGAGAUGUGAAGAAUCUGGCUGUGGAUGUGUUGCUGGAAGAUCAAAAUCGUUUCCACUUCAAGAUAUAUGACCCAGCAAACAAGAGGUACGAAGUACCAAUACCAACCCCCUCUGUGAGCGAGAAAAGUGCAGCUCAAAACUAUGAUGUCAGUUUCACCACAUUUCCUUUUGGUAUUGCCGUCACAAGAAAGUCCACUGGAACUGUUGUCUUUAACAGUACAGCUGGUGGGAUGAUCUUUGAAGAUCAGUUUUUACAGAUUUCCUCAUUUCUUCCAUCUUCUAAUUUAUAUGGAAUUGGUGAACAUGUUGACCCUCUCAAACUGAACGUCAGCUGGAGAAUGGCUACACUUUUCUCAAGAGAUGUUGCAACCCCAGAGGGUCUCAAGAACAAUCUUUAUGGCGUACAUCCUUUCUAUUUGUCUCUUGAGAAUGAUGGCAAUGCUAACGGAGUGUUCCUGCUGAACAGUAAUGCAAUGGAAAUAAUUCUUCAGCCAACUCCAGCCAUCACCUUCAGAUCCAUUGGUGGAAUACUGGACUUUUAUGUCUUUCUGGGACCAACACCAGAAAUGGUUGUACAACAGUAUACAGAGGUUGUGGGAAGACCCCUCCUACCACCCUAUUGGGGCCUUGGUUUUCACCUGUGCCGAUGGGGAUAUGGAAGCUUGAAUGGCACUAUAACAGUGAAUGAUAACAUGCGAGCAAAAGGAAUACCGCAGGAUGUACAGUGGAAUGAUAUUGAGUAUAUGAGGGAACAUUUGGACUUCACCGUUGAUUCAAACAAAUGGGGUGGCCUUGGAGAUUUUGUGAAGAAGUUACAAACUCAGUACAAUCAACAUUAUAUACCCAUCGUGGACCCUGGCAUUAGUAACGUACAACCCAGUGGUUCAUACAAACCAUACAGUGAUGGGUUAAAGAUGGGAGUGUUUGUGAACUCUACAAAUGGUGGACCUAUCGUUGGAAAGGUUUGGCCAGGAAACACAGUAUUUCCAGAUUUCCUCAACCCAGCUUCAUUAGAUUACUGGAAGACACAGAUCUCUGAGUUCCACCAAGUCGUUCCUUUCGAUGGUCUGUGGAUCGACAUGAAUGAACCUUCGAACUUUGUCGAAGGUUCAAUUAGCGGCUGCCCCAAAAGCAAAUGGGAUAACCCUCCAUAUACACCGCAUAUUAUUGAUGGGAAACUGAACAGCAAGACGGUUUGCAUGUCAGCAAAGCAUUAUGGGCACAGGCAUUACGAUGUACACAGCUUGUAUGGAUACACUGAAGCAGUGGCUACCAUGAGAGCUUUGGAGUCUGUACGUGGCAAGAGAUCUAUGGUCAUAAGUCGCUCUACCUACCCGAACAGUGGACAACAUGGUGGACACUGGUUGGGCGACAAUCAUGCAAAUUGGGACAAUCUUCGGCUCUCUGUGCCGGGAAUCCUGAACUUCAAUCUCUUCGGUAUACCACUGGUCGGUGCUGACAUCUGUGGAUUCAAUGGUGAUACUACACUAGAGCUGUGUGCAAGGUGGACCCAACUUGGUGCGUUCUACCCUUUCUCUAGGAAUCACAAUACUAUUAAUGCCAAGCCACAAGAUCCUGCAGCAUUUGGUGACAGCUUUGCUGCGAUGGCCCGUACCGUGUUACUCAUGAGAUACCAACUGCUCCCCUAUCUCUAUACACUGUUUGUAGAGGCAAGUCUGUCUGGGAAAACUGUGGCUACGCCUUUAUUCUUCGAAUUUCCUAAAGAUUCGAAUACUUUAGCGAUCGACCAGCAAUUCCUGUGGGGUUCUAGUUUGCUGAUUACACCAGUACUGCAACAGGGAGCAUCUAGCGUGACGGGUUAUUUUCCAGAUGCCACGUGGUACGAUGCGUAUGAAGGAGCAAAGUUACAACAGCAAGGAUCGGGUGGCCAACAACAUACUUUGAACUGCUCGAUGUUGUGCAAUACUCCUCUUCACAUCAGGGGAGGGUCGAUUUUUCCUGUUCAGCAAGCUGCAAUCACUACUGUUGAAAGCCGCAAGAACCCUUUUGGAUUAGUCGUAGCAAAAUCAGGUGUAGAUGGCGUUCCUGCUAAAGGAAUCCUACAUGUGGAUGAUGGGGAAUCCCUCGAUGCAUUUACCAAGGCGCCAUUCCUCUCCGUGUCUUUUACUGCCUCAAAGGGUGUUCUUAAGUCUUCCGUUGAUCCAAAGAGCAGCUAUCAACCACAGGCCUCUCUUGCACUUAUUUCAGUGUAUGGAUUGGAGCAUAAACCAGCAAGUGUGACGAUCAAUGGUCACGCAAUCUCCUCUGAAUUUUACACUUACAACAGUGACUUAAAGGUUCUCACAAUAAGGGGAGUUAAAAUACCACUGGACAAGGCGUUCACUGUCACAUAUAUUUAGAGAGGUUACAACGACUUAGAUAGCUUCCUGGUUGAAUGGCUUUAUAAAGUGAUUGAUCAAUUGGUUCAAAAGUAUUUAAAAAAUAGAAAAAUAUAUAUUGAUAAGAUAGAUAAAUUUGUAUUUGAAUCAUGACUAUGAAAGAUGUUAACUUUUCUUAGUUUUAUAUAUGUAUAAGACGUGUGAGAAAUUCAUUUGAACAGACCUCUCUAGCUUAAACAUGUUUUCCCAUUCAAACCAUGUCAUUCCCUAGAGUAUGCUUUAUCUUUUUUAUCAUUUGUACGUGAAAAGAUUAAUGAAUAUUAAUGUUAGUAUCAGGCCCCGUCCACACGUAUCCG